AUGAAUAAGCCAAUCGCUGUUAUCGGAAUCGCCUUCAGGGGUCCCGGCGAUGCUCGGGAUCCCGAGGCCUUCUAUCGUAUGCUGGUCGAGGGGCGCAGUGCCCGCACAGAGAUUCCCAAGGAUCGAUACAACGUCGACGCUUUUUAUCAUCCUGAUUCAAACCGAUUAGGCAACUUCAAGGUGUUCGACGCUCCGUUUUUUAGCAUCACACCUACAGAAGCCAAGGCUAUGGAUCCAACGCACCGUAUGCUAUUGGAAGCCACUUACGAGGGGUUUGAAAACGCCGGCCUGAGUCUGGAACAGGUGUCGGGGACGCAGACAUCGUGCUACAUCGGAACCUUCACAGCCGACUUUCCUAACCUGCAAGCCCGUGAUAAUGAGGGCCCUUCAAUGUAUCAUGCCACCGGCAUGUCAUCAUCACUAGCUUCGAAUCAGCUAUCUUGGUUCUAUAACCUUAGAGGUCCCUCCUUGACAGUCGAUACAGCAUGCUCGUCCAGUCUGACUGCAUUUCAUCUAGUCUGUCAGAGCAUCCGAACGGGAGAAGCUGAGAUGAGCGUGGUUGGGGGAGCAAAUCUAAUGUUUGGACCUGACAUGUCUAUUUUGUUAGGAGCUGCUAAGAUUUUGUUUUCCGACGGCAAGAGCAAAAUGUGGGAUGCCGACGCCAACGGCUUUGCUCGGGGAGAAGGUUUCGGUGUUACAAUCUUGAAGCCUUUAGAUGCAGCCCUGCGUGAUGGUGAUACCAUUCGUGCAGUCGUAUUAGCUACCGCCACUAAUGAAGAUGGGCGCACACCUGGUAUCUCGCUACCCAACAGCGAAGCUCAACAGGAGUUGAUUCGAAGAGCGUACGAGAUGGCUGGAGUAGAUGCCGCAGAAACAUCCUAUGUAGAAGCACAUGGGACAGGAACACAGGCUGAGACUGUGCUGACCAGCGAUGCGAAGGUGACCCUUUGGAAGCACAAGCCAUUCUUCAAGACGAUUGGAUCAAUCAAGGGACGCAAGUCAGAUCUUUAUGUUGGAUCUGCCAAAACAAAUAUUGGGCAUCUUGAGGGUGCAGCUGGCGUCGCCGGCGUUAUUAAAGCAGCGCUAGCUGUUGAGCGAGGUUUGAUACCUCAAAAUCUUUGGUUCGAGAAGUUGAAUCCCGAAAUUACUCUGCCAGAAAACGUCAAAAUACCUUCAAACCUGACCCCCUGGCCACAUGUCGGACCUCGCCGCGCAAGCAUCAAUAGCUUCGGCUUUGGUGGUGCCAACGCACAUGUAAUUCUGGAGGACGCGGCAUCUUUCAUGUCGAGACAUGGCUUGAAAGGUCGACAUGCUACGACAUCAGCAUUCUCUAUCCCAAGCUGUCUGCGCGGUGGUCACUUGAGUAACAUUUCCAGUAGGUCUACGAGCGUGGUCGCUGAUGAGGCGACCAGUGGCGAAUCGAACGACGGUAUGAGUGACGUGUCCAGUGAGAUCAUGUACGACCUGCAGCCAAUACCGAAAUUGUUCAUCCUCUCUUCCAACGACCAAGGAGGUGUCCAGCGUAAUGCGGAGUGUUUACAAAAUUAUCUGGCCACUAAACACACCACUACCCCCUCCUUUAUGAGCGAGCUAGCCUUUACGCUGAGCUCUAAGAGAACCACACUGCCCUGGAAAUCAUAUGCCGUUUCCUCUAACGUAUGCGACCUACGAGAGAGGAUUUCAAGCCUUCCUCCAGUCAUACGAUCGUCAAGCGCUGUUAUCCCGCGGAUCGCCUUUGUGUUCACCGGCCAAGGCGCACAGUGGCACGCAAUGGGGAAGAGUCUCUCCCAGUAUCCUGCUUUAUUGAACAGCAUGCAGAGUUCUGAAGCAAUACUUCACUCAUUCGGUUGUCCAUGGAGCCUUGGAGAGGAGCUAAGUCGCAGUGAGGCAGACUGCAAGCUAAGAGAGACCGAUUACAGCCAGCCUGCGUGCACCGCCAUCCAGAUUGCUCUCGUAGAUCUUUUGCGCGAUUUUGCUGUAAACCCGGUUGCUGUUCUUGGUCACUCGAGCGGCGAGAUUGCAGCUGCAUAUGCUGCCGGUUUCAUCGGUCACGAAGCUGCAAUGAAAAUUGCUUGGUUGAGAGGACAGGUCAGCAAGACUGUAUACAAGAAAGGAGGCAUGCUGGCUGUGUCUGCCAGUGCAGAGAGUAUCCAGGAUCAACUCACUGCCCUGAAGAGUGGUAAGGCGGUUGUGGGGUGCUUCAACUCUACCAAAGCAUGCACUAUCACCGGUGACGCUGCGGCCAUUGAGGAAUUAGAAAAAGAGUUGGAAGACGCACAUAUAUCCUGUACCAGGUUACCUAUGGAUGUCGCAUAUCACUCCUUCCACAUGGAAUCGGCACGCGAGAGAUACGAAAAGGCCUUGGAAGGCAUUGCGCAUGAAUCAACAUCCACCAUUCCAAUGUUUUCCUCGGUGACAGGAAGUGUCGUGUCACCAGGGCAAUUAAGGCCCUCCUACUGGGUUGAUAAUCUGGUAUCACCUGUCAAUUUUGUCGCUGCCGUUCAGUCUCUCCUAAACCACACGCAGGGGUGCAAAUCGCCAAAACCGUUUGCCAAUUUAUUCGUCGAGCUUGGUCCUCACUCGGCAUUGCGCAGCUACCUGAUGGAUAUCUUCAGCAACGAUAGCCAUGCUGCAGAACUGACAUAUGUAACUGUUCUUCGCCGGCACUGUGACGGUGCUUCCACUGCUUUGGAGGCCAUGGGCAACCUCUGGACUCACGGAUACCCUGUCGAUGUCAACAAGAUCAAUAACUUGUCGCACGAGAAUGUAAACAUGCUUGUCGAUUUGCCGCCUUACUCCUGGAAUCACAAGCCAUACUGGGACGAGUCCCACCUGAGCCGGCAAUACCGCCUUCGGGAAUCGCCACGUACUGACCUCAUUGGCUACCGCCUUCCUGGAAUGCCAGAGCACACAUGGCGCAACUUUCUACGGUGCAAUGAAAACCCCUGGGUUCGUGAGCACAGAGUCCAGGGCGAUAUUCUUUAUCCGGGAGCCGGUAUGCUCGUCAUGGCGAUUGAAGCGGCACACCAACUGGCGCAAGAGACGAAUGCUGAGGUCCACGGCUUUGAAUUGCGUGAUGUCAGCAUUAGCACUGCCCUUCGCGUACCCGACACGGAUAAAGGUAUCGAGGUUAUGACACAGCUGCACAACCGCCGUACGGGAACACGAGCAGCUCCGUCAUCUACACUGUAUGAGUUCACCGUCUCUUCAUGGAGCGAUGAAACAAGCUCUUGGAGUGCUCACGCUAGGGGACUCGUCUCGGUCACCUUCAAAAAUUUCUCCAAAUCGAUGGAAUGCGAGUUGGCGCUUGAAAACGAGGCUUACAUGUCUUCGCUAGCCAAAGCGCAAAAAGUCUGUCAGAAGCCAGCCCGAAGCUUCCUGUAUGACACAGUCGAGGCAAUUGGCAUGCAAUACGGACCAACCUUCCGCAAUAUGACUGAGCUAUAUGCAGGGCCCAAUGCCAGCUAUGGCAUCAUCAAAGUGCCGGAUACCAAAUCGAUCAUGCCCAAGUGCUUCGAAUUCCCCCAUGUCGUACACCCUGUCACUCUUGAUUCGGUUCUUCACCUCCUCUUCCCUAGUAUCUCUGGUGAAGAUCAGCAACUCAAAGAAGCAGUUGUUCCUAGGUCUUUUGAUCGUAUCUUUGUUUCGGCGAACAUACCGAAGACGGCUGGCACUGAGUUACAUGGUUGCUCUACGGCAAAGAAGCUGAGCUACACGACGUGGACCUCCGACAUUACCAUCUCAGAGGCAAGCAAGACUGAGCCCGUCGUGGUCAUGGAAGGUGUUAUACUUGCAUCUGUGGGUAUAGCAGAAGAUGCAUCCAAGAGACCAGAGACACGAGCAUCCUGCUUUGCGCAGAAAUGGCACGUGGAUGCUGACUUGUUAACGCCCUCUCAAAUCAAAGAGAUCAUAUAUAAGCGUACAUUGAAGAGCAAGGACGAUGACUCGGUAUUGGAUCUGCUCGAGUUUGUCUGCUUAGUGUACAUCUACGGCAUUCUCGACUGGUUCCAGAGCGAAGAGGGCAAGGCACAUGUACCGCAGGAUGGCUUCUGGAAGUCAUAUGUGGAAUGGAUGCAUGACACUGUCAAACAGUUUCCUCCAUUGCCCGCAGACGUCGAGACUGAGAUGCAAAAAGCCCGCCAACGCAUCGCGUUUUCGGACAGCGGCGAUAUCACAGUGCAAAUGGUAGACCGCAUCGGGCAGAACCUUGACCGCAUCUUCACUCGUGAGGUGGAAGCCCUACAAUGCAUGACUGAAGGAGACCUUCUCUAUUCUUUCUACCGCGGAGCUUUUGGUACAAGUUUCAACACGAACGUGGCCGAGUAUGUUGGUUUGAUUGCUGAUAAACGACCCGGGCUACGCAUCUUGGAAAUCGGCGCGGGAACAGGCGGUACAACUUAUCAUGUUUUGGAGCGAUUACGCCAGCCCGAUGGCAGCUCCCGGGCAGCUCAAUACUGCUUUACGGACAUAUCUCCUGGUUUCCUUGCCAAAGCUGCCGACCGAUUCAACAAGGACGCGUCAAUUAUGCAGUUCCGCACGCUCAACAUUGAAAACUCGCCUACGGAGCAGGGAUUCAGCCCAGAGACGUUUGACCUCAUCGUGUGUGCCAACGUGCUCCAUGCGACAAAGAGCAUUCAGGAAACGCUGGAGCAUUGCAAAAUGCUGCUGAUGCCUGGCGGCCAUCUUAUCUUGUCCGAGGUGACCAUUAAGCGCAUUUUCUCCGGCUUCAUUAUGGGCCCCUUGCCUGGCUGGUGGCUGGGCGAAGCGGAUGGUAGGAAAGGAGGGCCGCUUCUGGAUGCUGACGAGUGGAAUGCGGCGUUAAAGUUGGCCGGAUUCUCGGGUGUCGAUGUUGAUAUCCGCGGUGAUAGGGACAGCUCAAAAGAGCCCGUCUCAUUGAUCAUCUCGACCAAGCCCAGCAAGGCAGCCUGUAAACUGCCCUCGUGCGUUGUCAUAAGCACUGGUACCGAAGCAUCCGAUCACCUCGCCUACAGCAUACAGAAGACAUUCUCCUCGGCCGGCAACGAAACCAGUAUUGCCAAGUGGACUAACAUUACCAAGGCGCAUGUACUAGGAAAAUACUGCAUCUGCCUUGCCGAGUGGGAGGAGCCAAUGCUAGUAGACUUGACGGAUGAAAAUUGGGACAGGUUGCGUGAAGUUGUCCUUUCGUCCCAGGGCGCCAUGUGGAUCACGGGUGGUGGUGCUUACGACACGCCGUGUCCCAUGAAAAGCCUCAUGGUGGGACUCGCCAGAGCGAUUCGCAACGAGAAUGCCAACGUCCGCCUUGUCUGUGUCGAUCUGGAGGCACCACGGGCAAUUGACUUUGAGAAGGCGUCGCAAAUGACGCUGAAGAUUGCCCAGGCGCACGUGGAAGGCGACGGUACAGAGGGUGAGUUCGCCGCACGUGGUGACUUGGUUCAUGUCCCUCGCGUUGAACGGGCACUCGAAGUAGAUGCUUGGUUGCGCAAGUAUGAGGCCAAGGGCGAUGCCGAGAUGGUAUCUUUUAAGAGCUGCGGACGCCCCCUCAAGCUGACUAUCAAGACACCUGGUUUGCUCGACACAUUCCAGUGGGAAGAAGAUGAGAGGUACCAUACGCCCCUUGCCGAGGACUGGGUCGAAAUUGAAGUCAAGGCCGUUGGGCUCAACUUCAAAGACGUGCUUGUGGCGCUGGGUAGCCUGGCGGAGAACAAGCUGGGCGUGGAUGCGUCUGGCGUCAUUACGCGAGUCGGAUCGGCCGUCAGCGAUUUGAAGGUGGGAGACAGGGUCAUGACGGCAUCAUGUGACACGUUUUCCACCUUUGUCCGCUUCCCAGCCAAGGGCGCCAUAUGCGUGCCCGCUGGCAUGAGCUUCGAGCAAGCCGCGUCGAUGCCCCUGAUCUUCCUCACGGCGUACUACGCUCUGGUCACGGCUGGCCGUGUCGCUGCAGGCGAGAAGAUACUGAUCCAUGCGGCGGCGGGCGGUGUUGGGCAAGCUGCCAUCAUGAUUGCGCAGGCCAAAGGGGCAGAGGUCUUUGCGACGGUGGGUGCAGAGGCCAAGAGACAGCUCCUUGUCGAGCAGUACGGCAUCCGCGAAGAGCACAUCUUCAGCAGCCGCGACACCAGCUUCGUCAAGGGCGUGCUGCGGGCGACGGGCGGCCAGGGCGUGGAUGUGGUGCUGAACUCGCUGGCUGGCGAGGCGCUGCGGCUCUCGUGGACCGACUGCCUGGCCAAGUUUGGGCGCUUCUUGGAGAUUGGAAAGGCCGACCUGUUCGCCAACACGGGCCUGGACAUGAAGCCGUUGCUGGACAACAAGAGCUAUAUCGGCAUCAACCUGCUCGAGUUUGAGAACAGGCCGACGCCGCGGGCCGUGGCGCUCUGGCACGAGACGGCGCGGCUGAUACACGAGGGCGCGGUCCGGCCGGUUGCGCCGCUGCAGGUCUUCACCAUGGGCGAGGUCGAGAAGGCGUUCCGCCACAUGCAGGCGGGCAAGCACAUGGGCAAGGUGGUUGUGCGCGUCGACGAGGGCGACGUUGUGCGAGCGGUGCCUCGCGUGCCGCGCGUCGACGUUGAGCCGGACGCCGCUUAUGUAAUCGCCGGCCUGGGCGGCAUCACGUGCGAGAUCGCGCGCUGGCUGGCCGACAAGGGCGCCCGCCAUAUCGUGCUGCUCUCGCGCUCUGCCGCCAGCAGCCCGCGCAACCAGGCCUUUGCCGCCCACCUGCGCCACACAUACAGGACGACAGUGCUGGCGUAUGACUGCGACGUGGCCAACAAGGCGGCCCUGCACGCGGCCCUCGACGACGCGGCGGCAAAGGGCCUGCCGCCCAUCCGCGGAUGCGCCACGGGCGCCAUGGUGCUGCAGGACCGUCUCUUCGACAAGAUGACGGCCGACGACGUGCGCACCACCGUCGCCCCCAAGGUCCGCGGCUCCUGGAACCUGCACGAGCUGCUACCGCGCGACAUGGACUUCUUCAUCAUGCUGUCUUCGCUCGCCGGCGUCAUGGGCCACCGCGGCCAGGCCAACUACGCGUGCGGCAACAGCUUCCAGGACGCCUUUGCUGCAUUCCGCCGCAGCCACGGCCUGCCCGUCCUGACCAUCGACAUUGGCUACCUCCUGUCCGUAGGCUUCGUAGCCGAGCAUGACGAAUACGUCGACCACGUCAAGGCCAUGGGCCUCAAGGUCAUGCACACGGCGGACCUGCAUGGCCUGCUCGCCACCGCCGUCCAGGGCCCCACGCACCACCCUGCCCAGCUCAUGUGCGGCCUGCCCUUCAACGAGCACCAGGACGCCUGGUACUGGAUCGCCGACGCUCGCUUCGCUGCUUUGCGCAUCCAGGCUGCUGGCGCGUCAACCAAUGCCGCUCAAACCCUCUCUCUGCGACAAGAGUUGACGCGCUGUGACCCUGGCGACGACGCCGUCCGCAUCAUCGCAACAGCCCUUGUGCAGAGACUUGCCACCCUCAUGAUGACGCCCGAGGCCGACAUUGAUGCGAGCAGGCCCCUGAGCGCCUACGGUGUUGAUAGCCUGGUCGCUGUCGAGGUGAGGAACUGGGUCGCUCGCGAGAUGACUGUCGAGUGCUCCGUGUUUGAUAUCAUGCAAAAUAUCCCCAUGAUACAGUUGGCGCAAUCAUUGGCGGAAAAGAGUCAGCUAUUGACUAAAGAAAAGUGACUGGAGCUAUGGGCCUGUCCGCUUCUCCCUUGCCCGUCUCCGUGUUUGACCCAGUUUUGGGCGUAGCGGCUCCUGUUCGCGCGGUGGAUAGACUUGCUCAAAUCAACAUGACACAGAUAAUGAUGCAAAAGAAGCUGUAAACAUUCCAAAACCUGGUAUAUAUCUAGCUAGGGACAAGUACAUAGGUGAAGCUUUUGUAACAGUAUCUAUAUAAUCUAGCCGCAAGCGUAGGUUGAUCCAAGAACUUGGCAAAAUCCACUGCCAGAGAGACCAUUCUACACAUGCAUUAGUAUUCUAGUCAAA